AAAAUGGCGCUUUAAAGCAUUUCUCGGAAUCGUUGGCGUCGUUAGAUACAAAGCACAAGAAAACCCAGGCUUUUAAGAACAAAGACUGAUCAAAGCAGCCACAAGCCCAGUUAACAUUUGUGGGACGAGCGAGUUUUGCAGCCGGUGUAUUUUCUCAGGCCCACCUAAUCCACUUGCAUACACAUCUUGUAAACACAGGAUUCAGAAUUUUAGGUUUUAUUUCUUCCCGUUGAAGACCAAUCUCUCACUGAAUCGAGAGCUGCUUCAUACGGUUCAUGCCGGUAGGCUAUGGGUUCAGGGAGUUUUCACGGAGGGUUGGGACAAGUUCAUACAAGGGAGAAGUUUGUAGAGUCUGUGGUCGAAAUAUGAGAAUUUGGAGGAAUUUCAUGGGCGUAAAUCAGAUGGAUGAAAGGGGAUCUGAAGCUGCUACUUGGGAGAGUUUUGAUGGAUGUAUUUGAAGAAAUAGAAGCUCGAGAUGAGCAAAGAAGUUGGGUUGCUCGAGUUAUAGAAUUCUGGGUUAUGUUUGAAGUCAAAGCAGCAGCAAGGGAGUGAGCUCAAACAGGCAGCUUUGUUUCUUCCUUCUUUGUCCGUACAACCAAAAUGUGUUGUUCUUGUGGUUGAUUGUGAUGAUACAUAGUGUAGAUGAAUAUUUAAAUGAUAUCUGUGAGAUGGGUUUGAGCUAAUUCGCAUUAUGCAGUGAAUAGAGAGCUGGAGAAGAUGAUUUCCCGAUGCACAGCAUCAAUAUCAAUUCUUCUCUUAUGGUGUUUGAAUAAUUUCCUGAACCAAGAAGAUAUCAUGUUCUGGAUGUACAGGCAGGGAGAAGAGAGAAUGGACUGAAACUGAACUGGUACUGGUGGUAUGUGGUGCGAGUCAGUGAAGGAAGGUGAUUAGGCAGAUGGUUUUUCAUGACUCUGUAGGAAUGAAGGAGGUGCAAUUCUGGCAAGCAAGACUGUAACCAGCAGCAGCUGUCGACCAAGUCUGUGCGAGUUUCUUGGACCAUGGCAGAUGUUUACAGGGGUUUACUGAGGAGACUGAAUACAAAACGGGACAGAAGUCAGUGGCUCGAGAAGUGUUGGCGAGUAGAAUAAGGUGGAAUUGGUGGUACUACAGGUCGAAUGAAGUGUUGCUGUUAGCAUGGAUUCUGUGAUUGCAGUCAAGCUGAAGUGUUGAUGUUGUCGAGCCAUGGAGCUGUGUGGAUUACAGGGUAUAGUGAUGGUUUGAAUCUCAGAUUGGCAGUGUGGUGGUUCGAUCAAGUCUUGGCUGAGAAGGCUGGGAAUGGAGCUUGAAUGUAUAAAGAAGUGGAAACAGAAGUUAACAAGGGUUGAAGGAGCUGUUCAAAUCCAGCAGCGAGACUGAGAAAUAGCCGUGGUCAUAUAAUUGAGUCAUGGGCAGAGUUUACAGAGGCUUGAGAUAAAUGGGUUUUGCUGGAAAGCAGGGAGAUGUAUUAAGCAGGGAGAAAGUGGCCAGGGAAGUGCAGUUUUGUUUGGCCUUGUGCAAUAGCUAACCAUGGUUCAAAGGCUUAGUACAAGGGUUGUAUGGCAGCAGAUAGGACUAGACCUAUAAGGCUACAGGAUAUGGAGACUUGGGCGCAAAUUUAUCUUAAUUUUGGAAGGAGUUUGUUGCCGUGAAUACAACCAGAGAAGUGCUGACUUGGCCGUCAGUUUUUUGUGAUGUAUGGUUGAGAUUUGGAGGUGGCAGAGUUUGUAUUGAACAAGGAUUGCUGGGGCUGUUUUAGGUUACAAUAUUGGAGGAGAAGAAAGCUAUAUAAGGGAAGCUCAGAAACACAACAGGACUACCUCUUGAUCACCAGUUGUUGGCUUGCAGAUUGUUCGCAGAAAUUCCUGAGAGAAGAAGGUGUGCAGAAUCAACAGUUCCUGAACCAGUUUUUGCAGGCAGUUGCGGAGUACUUUGUAGUGGUACUAUACUUUUGGUGAAUGCUUAAAGGGGGCAAGACAAGUCCUAUUGGUAUACAUCUUCGAUCCGACACUCAACUAAAGGACUUUAUUCAAGCGGUUAACGCUCCGCUUCCUCGUUCUACUUCAAGCGAGUUCGCAGAUUCGGACGUAGAGGAAGAACAAGUAGUUAUGGCAACACUCAAGGAUCUCGCAUCACCACAAUUGAACACUCAACCUUUGUGUAUUCAAUUGGACAAAGAAAUUGAGUUGAAACCAACUUUGCUCAACUCAUUUCCCAAGUUCCAUGGUUUAGCGGGGAAGAUCCAAACCGUCAUCUCCAAGAAUUUCACAUGGUACUUGUAAGUGUUAAGCCAAAAGAAGUUAGAACCGAUGAUGUUAUGCUUAGAUCAUUCCCAUUUUCUCCUGUGGAUAUGGCCAAGGAGUGGUUUUACAGUCUCCCAGCAGGUAGUAUUACUACAUGGACCGGUAUGAAGAAACUCUUUCUUGAGAAGUACUUUCCCGCAUCCAAGGUAGUAAAAAUCAGAAAAGAGAUAUGUGGUAUUGUUCAAAUGGCAGGUGAGACUUUGUAUGAGUAUUGGGAGCGUUACAAGAGGUUAUGUCAAAGUUGUCCGCAUCGCCAAAUCGUGGAACAACUUAUCAUCCAAUAUUUCUAUGAAUGACUCUUAUUAAAUGAUAGGACAAUGAAUGAUGCUACAAGCGGUGGAGCUUUAGUUGACAAGACACCCGUACAAGCAAGAGCUUUGAUUGAGAAUAUGGCAUCUAAUUCGCAUCAAUUCUCCACCCGAUCAGAAACUCUUUUCAAGAAGGUUAAUGAGGUUGGUGAAGCUUCUCAUAUGGAACAAAGGAUGUGUAAUAUGGAGAGGAUGAUGCAACAAAUUUCUGCAGUGAUUGUUCCAUAGCAUGAAGACAAUAUGGAGCACACAAAUGCUAUGUAUCAAAAUCAGCAAAGGCCGAGGUAUGAUGCGUACUCCAACACAUACAAUCCGGGUUGGCGAGAUCAUCCAAAUUUCAGCUACGCCAACAAGCAAGCUGCAUCAAAUCCUACUUUCAAUCAACAAGGAGGCUACCAAUUCAUGCAAAGACCUCAGCAAGAAUCUCAGGGAACAAGUGUGAAUGACAAGUUUGCUCUUAUGAUGUAAGGUAUGCAAGAGAUUUCAAAGUCAGUGCAAGGGUUAAACCAAUUCCAGCAGAAAUCCGAGAUGGCUAUGAGAGAUGUGCAAAACCAAAUUAGUCAAUUGGCUAGUGAUAUGAAUCAUCUCAAGGCACAAGGAUCUAGAAAACUUCCUUCACAACCGUUGAACCAUAAGGAGAAUGUCAAUGCUAUUGAGCUAAGAAGUGGGAAGCAAGUAAAGAAACCGACAACAUCACCGGAUGCUAAUGGACCUGUUUUAGAGCAACAAGGGGAUGAAACAGCCCCUAACAAGGAUGAUUUGGUAACAAAUUCUAACUCUAAACCACUUGUUUCUACUAAUGUCACUUCUCCUCCUUUUCCUAGUAGGUUUGCAAAGUCCAAGAAGGAGGCACUUUACAAAGAUAUUUAUGAGAUCUUCAAGAACAUUCAAGUGAACAUACCACUUCUUGAAGCGAUAAGGCAAGUUCCCCGCUAUGCAAAGUUCUUGAAAGAAUUGUGCACUAACAAGCACAAAUUGGUCGGUAAUGAAGUUAUGUAUGUGGGUGAGAAUGCUUCCGCGUAUCUUCAAAAGAAACUUCCACCAAAGUUAAAGGAUCCCGGUAGUUUCACUAUACCAUGUACAAUUGGUACAACCAGGUCUGAUCGUGCUUUGCUAGACUUAGGUGCAACUAUUAAUGUUAUGACUGUUUCAAUAUAUGAAUCAUUGGACCUUGGUCCUUUUAAGGAUACCGGUAUUAUCAUUCAACUUGCUGAUAGGUCCACUACUUACACGAAAGGGGUUGCGGAAGAUGUUUUGGUGCAGGUUAACGAGCUGAUUUUUCCUGUAGACUUUUAUGUUCUAGAUAUGAGGGAUGAAGAUUCACCCUCGUCUACGCCUUUGUUGUUGGGUAGACCUUUCUGCUAGAACUAAAAUUGAUGUCUUUAAAGGCACCGUAACUAUGGAAUUUGACCGUGAGCCCAUAAGUUUAAACAUCUUUGAGGCUAUGAGAUACCCGAGUGACGUAAAGUGAUAUCUUUGGGUUCCAACAGUAGAAGAAAAAAGUGAUGUCUUCUAUUGAUUAAUUUGAAGUCCAGUGCAUUCUCCAAAUUCAAUGAUACCCUGAUUAACAUUAUAAGCAGCUUGAGGAUUACCUUUGAAAAACAUAAGGACGUCAUCUGCAAAGCAGAGAUGUGUCAGAGAUGUUAAUUUACACCUAUGAUGUAAUCCAAAGUUGCAUCAGAUACGUUCUUCUGAAAAAUAAUACUCAGCAGCUCCAUCACCAUAACAAAGAGAUAGGGAGAAAGGGGACACCCUUGUCUAAGCCCUCUACUAGCACCAAAAUACCCAUAAGGAGAACCAUUGAUAAGAAUGGAAUUCUUUGGGGAAGAAAUACACAGACUGAUCCAACCAAUAAAUAAAGCAGGGAACCCCAUCUUCCUUAAGGUACUAAGGACUGCCUCCCAGCUAACUGUAUCAUAGGCUUUUCUCAAAUCAAUUUUAAGAGUGCAUCUAAGAGUUCAUGUAGGCCUAUGGUAGUU